AUGUCGCCAAAGCCGGGCGCCGCCACUCUUUCGUCCGAGAUGGAGACCUCCGACCCCAUCGCCAUCGUGGGAAUGGCUGUGAGGCUUCCUGGUGGUGUGAAGAACACGGAAGACUUCUGGAACCUGAUGAUGAAUAAGCAAAGCGGUCUCAUCCCCAUUCCGAAAGAGAGAUGGAACAGCGAAGGCUUCUACAGCCCAGUUGCGAAAUGGGGAACGGUUCAGAAUAAAGAGGCAUACAUGUUCAGCCAGGCCGACAAUGACCUCAACAAGUUUGACGCGUCUUAUUUCACGUGUGGCGAGAAGGAGAUUGAGCGCAUGGACCCCAUGCAGAGACAACUGCUGGAGAUUGCCCGCGAAUGUCUCGACAACGCCGGCGAGACUAAUUGGCGCGGCCAAGAGAUUGGGUGCUAUGUUGGCAACUUCUCAUCAGACUGGCAAGAUGACUUGUCAAUGGACCCGCAUGCUUCAGGUCUAUACCGAGGAUCUGGAUACCUCGACUUCCUACAACCGAACCGCGUGUCAUACGAGUAUGGCUGGACUGGUCCAAGCAUGCUUGUUAAGACUGGAUGCUCUUCAUCCAUGGUCGCCUUGCACCUCGCCGCAGAAGCUGUUCAAAAUGGUGCUUGCAAGUCAGCCAUGGCUCUUGGGUGCAACCUGAUUACAUCAGUCAUCACCUCCAUCGUUUUCACAGAAACUGGUGUCUUGUCUCCCAGUGGCAAAUGCAAGACUUUUGAUCUGCUUGCCGACGGUUAUGGGCGUGGUGAAGCCGUCAACGCUGUCUACGUCAAGAAACUGAGCGACGCCCUGAGAGACGGCAACCCAAUCAGGGCCAUUAUUCGAGCGAGCGCUACCAACAACGAUGGCCGGUCCAACGGUAUCAUGAGCCCCAACACAUACUUACAAGAGGCCUUGAUUCGCAAGACUUACGAGAAGGCUGGUCUGCCAUUUAACAAGACCGCUUUCUUUGAGUGCCACGGCACCGGUACUCCCACAGGUGAUCCGCUCGAGGUGGCGGCCGUUGCACGUAUCUGGAAAGACCACGAUGGUAUUAUGAUCGGCGCUGUGAAACCAAAUGUCGGGCACUCUGAAGGUGCAGCAGGCUUGACCAGUGUCAUCAAGGCAGUUCUCGCGUUGGAAAACCGAGUGAUUCCCCCAAAUAUUUAUAUGGAAAACCCUAACCCAAGGAUUCCAUGGGAAGAGGGGAAGCUUUCUGUUCCGACCGAGCCAGCUUUCUGGCCAGAAGAUCGAGACGAACGCAUUAGCGUCAACUCCUUUGGUGUUGCUGGGUCUAAUGCUCAUGUUAUUCUCGAGUCAUAUGAGGGCUGGCAAAAGUUGCAGGAUGAUGCCAGCUCAAUCAGCUCCGACUCCGGCGUGAGCGUUCGCUCGCCCGGGCAGCGACUGCUGUUGUUCUCUGCUGCUCACUUGACUUCGCUCGAGAAGCAGGUAGAUCAACAUAAGCAAUACCUGGAGACAAAGAGUGCUGAUCUGGACGAUCUUGCUCACACCCUGGGCCAACAUCGCGACCAUCUCAGCUGCAGAGCCUAUGCUAUUGCGAACGAAGAGGGCGGCUUCGACCCCAGCAGUUUCAAGCGCAAACCCAUCACUGCCCGUCGGCUCAUCCUUACAUUCACGGGACAGGGCGUACACUGGGCUGGUAUGGGCAAGUCUCUUAUCGAGACCAAUGAGGUGUUCAGAGACUCUAUCCGGAAACUAGAUGUUUGGCUUCAGUCGCUUUCCGAAGAACACAGGCCCAGCUGGACCUUGGAGCAGGAACUCUCCAUUGAUGACGAAUCCAGCAGGGUUGGCCAGCGGGGAUACUCUCACCCCUGUGCGACUGCUGUUCAGAUUGCUUUGGUCGAUGUUCUGGCUAGCCUUGGGGUGCGUCCUGAUGCCGUUACUGGCCACUCCGGGGGGGAAGCUGCUGCCGCGUAUGCCGCAGGCAGUGUCACUGCCGAAGCAGCCAUGGCCGUUGCCUACUUUCGUGGCUGGCUCUUAGUCAAUGGUGUAGUUCCUCCUGGUACUAUGGCUGCGGUCAGUCUGGGACCGAGGGAGGUCGAGCCAUUCCUGAUCCCUGGUGUUGUCAUUGGAUGUGAAAACAGUCACCUCAACUCCACCUUGUCUGGUGACCCUGUCUGCAUCCAGCAUUGCGUCGACCAGAUCAUGCGGCGUCACCCAGAUGUCAAGGCCAAGAUCUUAAACUUGGAGACAUCCUUCCACUCUCCAUGGAUCGAACCUCUAGCUGGACCGUAUGAGGAACUUCUCAAGCCGUACCUCGCCGACACUAAGGCUCCGAUUGUGCCUCAUUUCUCCAGCGUCACUGGUGUCGAGAUGACCAAAGCCGACUUUGGAGCCAACUACUGGCGCAGAAACUUCGUCCAGCCUGUACUUUUCAAUACAGCCAUGCGGGCUAUUCUGAAGAGCAACAAUAACAACCUGUUUGUUGAGGUUGGUCCACACCCGGCUCUUCAACGUCCCAUCAGUGAGAUUCUUCGGAGCGUGCCCGAGUCUUCUUGCGAGUAUAUCACAACUCUUCGUCGAGCUGAAGACACCACCUUGUCCAUGCUUCGGCUAGCAGGUGAGCUCUUCUUGCAAGGAGCUCCGGUCGACACGUCCACGGUUAUCGCCGAGGGCAGAGUUUUAACCGACUUGCCGAAUUAUCCUUGGCUGCAUGAUGUGACUUACAUGGACGAGCCUCGCAAUCCAUCCCGCUACAAGCAAAGAAAGCAUCCUAGACACGUCCUCCUCGGUGCCAGAGUUCUUGAAGGCAAUGACAUCGAGCCCGCGUGGCGAAAUAUGCUCGACCUCAAGGAAGUACCUUGGCUAAUGGACCAUAUCGUUAACGGUCAAAUCGUCUUCCCGGGCGCUGGCUACAUGGCCAUAGCCGGAGAAGCAAUGCGUCAGGUGGCCAAUGGCUCGGAUGCCUACACUAUUCGAGACAUGUCAAUCACUACGGGUAUGACCGUUCCUAAGGAGAAGAAGAUGGAACUGUACACCCGCAUGAUCCCCGAAGACAAGCCCAGUGCCGAAGGCCAAUGGUACAACUUCAAGAUUAUGUCUUGCGAUGGGCAUCACUGGGUCACCCACUGCUCUGGCUUCAUUCGCUCCGGCGCUGAAGCGGACAAGACCUCUAUUACAAGCGCUCAGGCAGAUCAAGAAUUCGCCCGCGAGAUUGAGGCUCAAGGCUGGUACAAAGCCGUCAAGGCUGUCGGGAUUGACUGGCAGACUGCCUUUCAGGGACUCGAGCAAAUCACCGCCAGCCCGGUGAACAGGGAGGCCACCGCGACUGUGUAUGAUUUUGAAGACACAACGCACUACGCCGCUCACCCGACGCUCCUAGAUCAAAUGCUCCAAAUCAACCUUGUAGCGCAAACGCAUGGCCAGAAGCGGCGUUUGGACAGCAUCCUGCUUCCCACCUUCAUCUCACGGCUUGGUGUUCUUGGAAGUCAAGACCUGUGCAUGAGAGCCUAUGGCAGUAUCCAGGAGGGAUCAGAAGGCAUGACUGCCAACGCCGCCAUCUACACAGAGGAGGGCAGGCCUACUGUGUACCUUGAAGGUCUAUCUUACUCGAAGCUACCUGUUGCGAAGCGUGAGGAAGUUCUACUCGGAAGCACCUUUGAGUGGAGGAAGGAUAUCACCAUGAUGGAAUCCGUUGCAGAGAUGGAGAGCGGUAACCUGGACUUCGCCAAAGACAUCAGCGAAGCAAUCUUUCUACUCGGCUUCAAGACUCCGGACUCAAGGGUCUUGGAGAUUGGCUCCGGAUCAACUGACAUCACUCGAAUUGCUCUGGAUGCUCUGCAACCCACGGAGCACAAGCGUCUUUACUCCGAGUACACUUAUGUAUGUACAUCGGAGGAGAAGGUUCAACGAGUCACAGAGGCAACUGAGGAUCUAGGGCAUGAGAACAUCUCUGUUGUGGAUCUCGAGCAGCUUUGCAUGUGCAACACGGCCGAUGUCGUGCUGUUGCCGCUCUCGAUAUUGUUAUCAGACGACCGCUUCCUCCUUGAUGACUUGACGGAGUUGAAGUCUUUGCAGACUGUGGGAAGUCGCCUUAUCGUUCACGACUCCGGACUUGUAACGGACGCCAUCUCCAACAGCGACCAGAUCAGUAAGAGGUUAAAAACCUUAGGCUAUGUGCUGCAUUCCCAAAUAGCUUCUGGUCUGAUCCUUGCCGAGCCAACGAAGCGCACUGAAAUGGAUAGAAGCACAAACAUCACCAUUCUAACACAUGACACAAAGGAAGGGAACCAUUUAGCCAACGAGGUGCAGUCUCAUUUUGAGUUGAGGGGCUUUACUGUCGAAGUCUCUCACCAAAACAUGGGUCCGUCUGAUGGCUCUCUCAUCAUCUCGCUUCUGGAUUUGACUGGGAACACCAUCUACGACUUGGCCUCCGAGACUUUCAGGCCAUUUAUGGAUAGUCUAUGCAACCUGCGCGGCUCUCUCAUCUGGGUCAUCCCCACAGUCCAUGGCGCUUGCAAGGAUGCGAAGCCUGCCAUGAUCCAAGGCACUGCCAGAACCGUCCGCAUGGAGAACAAAGCAGACAUCACUCUAGUCGAGGCCGACGAUCUUUCGGUAUCGAGCAGCGGUAUAUCAAAGGCUCUGUACAAGAUUGUUCAGAGUCUACCAAACCGUCGCAAGGGAGGAGACUUGGACGCUGACUUUGACUAUGCUAUUGUGGAUGGCCAGGUUCAUAUCCCUCGCAUGUACUGGUUCGGGUUAUCGGAACCCCAAGUCACCAAGGCCCUUCCGUCCACACAGGACGCCCCCAUGUUCCGGGAUGAUGUGUCUUAUCUCCUCAUAGGUGGGUUCGGUGGCCUUGGUCGCUCUUUGGCAACUUGGCUGCUCGAACAUGGAGCUCGUAACCUGGUCUUCCUCUCGAGAUCCGCUGGUAGCAUCGACAACGAACCGUUCGUGAAGGAGCUCGAGAGUUACCCCGGCUGCAUUAUCAAGACGGUUUCUGGAGACGUCAGCAGCUCCGAUGAUGUACUCAAGGCCAUCAGUGAGGCUCCCAUGCCAGUUGCAGGAGUGAUGCAGCUAUCUCUUAUCCUUAAGGAUAACUCCACUGCCGAAAUGACGUGGGAGGAGUGGAGCGGAGUGGUCGAUCCCAGAGUCCGUGGUACCUGGAAUGUCCAUCAAGCUCUUUUAGAUGCGAAUGUUCCGCUGGACUUUUUCGUUAUCUUUGGUUCUGGUGGUGGCCAUACUGGUUACUAUGGCCAAGCCAACUACAGCGCAGCCAAUACCUACCUCGACGCUUUCGUCGAGUACCGCCAUCAUCUUGGUCUUCCUGCCUCAAUAAUCGACCUCGGCGUCGUAGGUGACGUUGGAUAUCUUCUAGAGAGGGAUGACCUUUAUGAGGGAUUCAAGAACGGUGGGUUCUUCUUCUUGAAAGAGCAGGAUGUUCUCGACUCUACCGCUAUCGCCGUGGCCCACUCCUCGGGCGGGCCGUAUAGCAGCUUUUGUCUGGGAGGACUCUCCGAGAAGCCGUUGUCAGACCCCUCUAACCGCGUCAACUGGAAGCGAGAUGUCCGUUUCGCUCAGUCCCACUACUUUCACAAGUCAAGCACGUCAACCUCUGCAGAGGCCCGGGUGAAUGACGAGGCCGAGACGUUCAUCUCGCUCGCCAGGUCGGAUCCGGCUACUCUCCGAGACAGCGCGACGGUAACGAGCCUUGCCCGCUUUAUCAGCGCCACGCUCAGCCAUCUGAUGUUGAGACCUGUGGAAGAUUUUCCUCUUACUGAGAAUUUGACUUCGAUUGGGUUAGACUCCAUCAUCUCCAUUGAGUUGGUGGACUGGAUUCAUCAGCAGUUCCACAUUGGUCUGACGUCUAUGGAAGUUACGCAGUGCACUUCUCUGAUGCAUCUUUCUGAGAAGAUCAUUGAGGAAGUGAUUGCGUUUUGUAAUUAG